UAACCCCCUGUGACGUCACGGCUACCUCGAAGGACUUUGUAAACAAAAACAAAUCUAGUCCGUCUGCUCCCAGGGCCUCGGGAUUCGUGUUUUUCCUUGAUUUAAACGCGCCACUGAGCAUUUAGUGUGAAGUGUUCCUAUUGGGCCUUCAUGUUGUAAUGUCUGAGAGUAGUAGUUCACCGGAGAGCCCUGUCGUCAUCGGAAAAAUGGACCACAAACGCCACCGCUACCCGUGCUGCAUUGUCUGGACUCCUCUACCACUUCUCUCAUGGUUCAUACCCAUCAUUGGUCACAUGGGCAUUGCAACAACAUCAGGUGUGAUCCGUGACUUUGCUGGGCCAUACUUUGUGUCAGAGGAUAACAUGGCCUUUGGCUGGCCGACAAAGUACUGGCCAAUGGAUCCCUACAGAGCUCAGGGAGGGCCAACUGCUUGGGACAGGGGCGUCUCCCUGGCGUCAGAGGAAUACCAGGGCAGAAUGCACAACCUGUUCUGCGACAACUGCCACUCCCACGUCGCCAUGGCACUGAACCUCAUGCAUUAUGAUGGCUCUACCAGAUGGAACAUGGUUAAGCUGUGUUUCCUCAUGAUGAUCCACAGUAAAUAUGUCAGUUUCUGGGCCUUCAUCAAGACCUGGCUGCCCUUCCUCCUGAUGGCUGGAGCUGUGACAGCUCUGGUGCUUCUUGUUUAAACAUUACGCAAGAUGCCAAGGGACUCAUCCGUCCUCGUAGAUGCACACUGAAGGAGGGCAUCGUUCACCAUUCGUUCUGGCGCAGUUGGGCAUGCAUUCAGAUGGAGACGUUUCAUGAUGAUGAGUAUUGUUUUAGUGAGUAAAAUCUGAUUAGGAUUGGAAAUGUGCCAAGGUAGUUACUCUAGGGGUGUGUUGAGCAAGUUGAUUUGCAUCAGUCUGUAGCCUCAUCUUCAUUCACUAUUUUUAUGGGUAUUAUGUGCAACAUUAGAAUGCUGAAUUGUGAUUGAUAAUCGAGGGUUGAUUUAUAAGGGUUGUAAUAAGUUGAGUUUGUAAUAGAUGUUAAUGCUGUGUACUACCUUCAGUAGCAGUAGAACAAACAGUUGAAUCAAUUAGUGUAAGAAAAAGAACGGUAAUAACUGUUACAAGAAAGAUGUUGCUUGGUUUUGUUUGUUUUGUUAUUUAUGAGUAAAAGUCAAGUACUAGAUACUAUAGAAAAAUGUAAAUGAGAUAAGUAUUAUAAGAGAAGUCACUGAUCCAUGUAAAGAAAUAUUUGUGUUAUACAACCUUUCUAAAACUGAAUCAUUAUUGUUAUUAUUAUUGUGUGAUAUAUCAUAAUGUAUGUGUACUGUUCAUACUAUUCUUUUUAUAUAUUACAUUGUGGAUUACAGGUAUGGUAGGUUUAUUCUUGUAAAUUAUUAUUAUUAUUAUUUUUUUUUUACUGAUAUUGAAGCUGAAGAAAUUGUGAUACAUAUCUAUAUUUAAGAUGUUUAUUUUUUGUAUUUCUGUUUUAUGUCAUACAGAAUCAUCCCUUCAGAUGUUGGGAAAAUGGGUCUACAAAUUAAUCAAAGAAAAAUUAUUAAGGAAAUUAAUGGUUGAGUGGAUAGAAUUGUGAGAAAUGUAAAAUAUAAAUAUGAAUUGAAAAUUGAAAAACUUAACAAUGCAAGAGAUAUAACUGACAUAUUUCAAGUGAAUGUCUAUUUCAUCUUGUGUUGUGAAAAUAUUUGUACUCAUUAAUACCUUUUUUUUAUCCUGAAUAUCACUUAUUUUUUCCUGAGAAUCUUCAUUGUGGUGCAGUCGCUUUUGGCUUAGGCAUUGAAAGCAUAUUUUUCUUACGGUAAAUUAACAAGUAUAGGGUUGAUUUUUUUCCUAAAUGAUACAUUUAGCAAAACAUAAUGUGUUGUUACAACUUGGUAAUACUGUUACAGAAGAUGUCAGAUUAUUUGCAUUAUGAACUGUCCUUUGUCUUAAAGCUGUAAUCAUAAUAAUGCAAUCUGUUAUAUCUGAAUGAUUUUCUCAUUUGAUGCCAGGGAAUACUUCAGGAAGAUUAAGUGAGUGGUUUUCACAUCACUUACAAAGAGGGUGACUGUGGAUCAACCGCUGUUAAUCCAAGUGGUUGGAAAAAAAGCAUAUCAUUCAUAAGCUUUGUAUAUAGUGGGGUUACUUCCUCGGUUGGUAACUGUAUUGGAGUUUUGUGUGUGUUCUUGUUGGAGAUGUGUCUGAAGUGAUUGUAUAUAAUUAUGGUAAGAUAUGUAUGGUAUUUAUUGGCAAGUUAUGGAAGGUAUUGUCCAUGGUUUAGGGUUGCUCUUCUUUUCUUCCUGUUUUCUUUUUCUUUUUGAAGAAAUUGUUUUAUUUUUUGCUGUUUCAAAUGUUGGAAAAAGUAUAUGGAGAUGCUUUAAAUUUGUUUAUAUUUGUUAACUUUUAUAGCACUCUCAGUUUUAUUAACCUCUUACAGACAAGCAUUGUAAUAUUACCCUUUGGAUUUUAUCAGCAUGCUUAAAGCUUAUAAGUUGUUAAAUAAGUUAUCAGAAGGCGUUAUCAGGUACUAAAGCCCUCUCUUUAGUAUUGUGCUAGAUUCAGAUGAGGAGGAGCCUGCCAGUCCGUCUCCUUUGCCCAUUCACAGUUCCAAGGUACCUCAGUUAUUCCUCAUAAGAAGACAAAGACACUGGCUAUAACGUUUGAGAUGUAUACAUGCUAAGGUACACAGACGUACAUUUUUGGAAGUAUAAUAUAGAUGUAGAGAAUAACAAAAGGUAAUAUAAAUACACUUUCAGUCAUUUGUGUAGUAUCUCCUAUAUGAACAAGAAUUCAUAGUUUCAGAUGUGAGGAAAAUGAGAUGAUGAGUAUUUACACUUUAUAUAUUUUUUGUCAUUACUAACAGUUUUUAAUUGAGAAUUCUUAAAAAAAAACUGAUUUACUCAAUAUAUGCCUGUCUUUAUGGGCUUAAUAGUUUUCUCUUCUGUUUUCUUUUUCUUUUUGUAUGGAGUCUUUGCCAGAUAUAUUGAGUAAAAUAAUAUUGUAAAUGGUAAUGCACUUCUUAUUUUCAGGUUGUAAUGAUGAAUUGUUAAGCAGGGAGAUUCAGUAAAUAGCAGGUCCAUGAGUUUAGAUAAUUAUCAUUACUGUACAUAAUUGCAGAUAGGACUUGAUAAUUAGGAAGAAGGUCCUUUGAUGUGUAUCAUGGACUUGCUCUGUUUUUAAAAUAGUAGUCUUUAAUGCUAUUGACAUUAAAGGCUUUACAUUCAGUUAUUUAUGAUAAUGAAAUUAUGUUGAGCUGAUUUCUUUAUAUUGAUUAAACAUUUUAUGCAAUGUAUCUAAAAGUUCAUUCUUUUUAAUUUUCAUGAAGAUAUUGUUUGUCAAGUAUUUAUCUUGUUUCAAUAAAAUUUAAACCUGAAGAAACAGGAGUACAGACUUCAAAUGAUGAGGAAAGAUUUUAAGAUUUGUUUGAGGGGUUAUUUGUCCUAAGAUCCAAACCUAUGAUUUGCGGUGAGCUCUUUCAUUUGCUGAAUGAUGUAACACUGCCAUGGGGAUUGAAAAUAUUUUUUAGAUUAUGUCAGAGCACUUUUUCCCCAAGUUUUUUGUAAGUAGAAUUCAGUCAAAAGCACACUUGAUACAAGAGGGUUAGCUUUCAUAAUUUAUUGACAUUACAGAGUAGAAUUUCUGUUGCUAGAGAUGUGGACAUAGAAUGGCCAUUUGCCUUCUUUUCCUUCUGUCUACAGGUCACUGCCAACACAUGCCAUGAACAUAUAUAAUUGUCAUAAUUUUGUUUUUCUUCUGUUAAUUCACAAGUUUGGUGACUGCUACAUUCUUGAUACUUGGACUGAUAGUACAUGGUAGUAUUAUAUUGUUAAAAGUUGAAAAUAAUGCAGUUUGGUUUAACUUUCUCUGAGAACUAUGAUUCAUAAUGGAAAGAGAUGGUAUCACUGCAGAAAGCUACUGUUAUGAUCAACUUCAGGAAUUCAUUUCACUUCUUACUUAUUCCUUCCAAACUGAAAGUACAACCACAGGAGAAAUAACUCAGUUUGAACCAACAAAGUACACAUUGAUAGAUAUACGACAGGCCUUCUUUCCUUAGAAAUUGCUUUCUGUUUGGAAGUUCCUCUUCAUAGAUAAAUCUCUUCCUUUUAAAGCCUUUUUAUUUUAUCAUGUGCAACUCACAAACCUAAUGGUGCAUAGUGAGAGUCAAGAAAGUGGUUCAAAGACUGGUAGUUCCCAGAGGUGCAAAUGCAGAAAGAUCUGUUUUGGGUUCCGAGUUAUUUUGUUGGAAAUCCAGACAUGAAUAUUUUACUUUAUUCCAGUAGUUUUUUAAUACUUCCGUGUACCCACUGUAAUUAUAUUCAUCUAUAAAGAUAUGUUAUACUGGUAGUGGAAUUACGAGCAGUUUCUUUCUUCUCCUUUAUAUUUCACGUUGGAAUAACAAACAAAUUUGUUUUAGCUAUUGAAUGUUUUAUGUUACAAAUAUAAGUCACAGAAGAAAAUGGUGUUGAGAAUGUGUAAAUGAUUAGUUUGAUUUUUGUUGUUAAUUGUUAUCAUUAUGAAAGUUGUUUUUUUUCUUUGCCACAGUGACAAGAAGACAAUCAAAUUUAGCAUCUUGAAAACAUACCAUGAAUUGAGGUCACUGUGACAAAUAUUGAAAAGGUAUUGAUGUAAAUGGAUGACUUCACAGUACAAGAUGUUAUUGCUGUAUUUUGAUUUAAUCUUCAUCAGAAAUACAGAUUUCUGAUGAAAAUUUGCUCAAAACAUAUCAUGUACAUUUCUGUGUUAUGAAAAUAAUUCUCAGUUAUACCUUUCUUCAAAACAUUCUGUAGAAAGUACGAUAUGGAUGUAUGUAUAGAUUUGUGUGUUUGUGUGUGUGCAUAUGCGUGUGUGUGCGUAUGUUUGUGCGUUUGGGUGUGGGUGGGUGUGUGUGCAUAUGUGAUAUUUAGAAUAUUUAGUUUCUUUCUCUAUUUAUUCUUAAUUUUUUUCUUCCGUUCUAUUGUUUGAUUUUGCUUUCUUUUUCUUUUUUUCUGUUGUUGCAAACCUUUUUCAACUGCAGAUUCAUUGUGAUAGUUGAUUUGUUUGUUUAUGAUUAUAAAGAAUUUGGUUAGAGAAAACUGUGAAGGAAAAAAAUAAUCCUUUGGGUUAUAGAAAGUGAUGUAUAUGCUAGUCUUCCUGGUUAGGGACAAAAGAAUGUAUACAGGUUACACUAAGUAGCAUAAUUUUAGGGCUGCAAAAGAAGAGGAAUGGCACAUAAAGAUGGAAUUGGUAAGUUUUAACUUGGUAAUUCAACCAAGAGGCCAUUGGAAGCAAAGUCUGAGCAUACCAGAUCUGUUCACGCAUGGCCAAAAUUUAGCCUGAGUGAAGCAUUAGUUAACAAGACCUUCGAAGGAUGAGUGCAUUGUUGUUAUUCUUCAUUGAGGCUAUACAAAUGUGUUUGCAGUGGGACUUUUUAAUAUACUUAUUGAUUCAUAUAUAUUGAUGAGUAUACUUUUCUUUAACCCCUUGGUGCCGGGUAUGACGUGUACGUACGUGCUAUGCCCACAGUGAGUACUUGUUUGAUUGAUUUUACUCAUAGAUGGCAACACUUGUACUAACUCCCCAAUGAGCCAGUUACGAGCACCGCCCGUCUCGCCCAUUUACCCGUUUCUUUGAUUUACAAAAUAUUUUACGUAAUCUUAUUUUGCUGUUACUAAUGUUAAAAAAAAUUAUAAAAAUCAUAAUGUUUAUGAUAAAAAUAACAUCAUCGAUUUUCAUAGCACUAGUGAAAAAUACGUUUUUCCCGCCAUUUAAAUCAGGCGCUAGCAGAGCCAUCUAUCGGCAGACAUUUCACGAAAAACAUAGAAAGUGGGCACAAUAUUUUCCCCAUUUUUUGUUCAUUUUCCCCGGCACCAUUGGGUUAAUAAUAAUAAAAAUAAUAAUGAUAAUGAUAAUGAUUAAAGUGUUAUAGAUUUCCAGAAAAAGAAGGGGAUGUGGAGUUGCAUCCAUGAAUGAGUUUUCACUCAUUUUGAAGCGAAUUGUGAUGCUGCAGAUAAACUUUAGGUAUACUUAGACUUUGCUUCAAAGGCAUUUGGCUAAAAAAAAAAGAAAAAGAAUUUAUGUCUAGCCAUAUCACUACCUAUGCUGUAAAUUAGGAAAUGCUAGAUUUAAGAAUAAUAAAAGGUAGCCUAAUGUCAAUAUAGGUGGCUCUGUGUGUUUAUUUCUUUUCUUAUUUCAAAAUGGUAUUUCUACUUUUAUAUAGAUAUUGCACUGUGUUAUGUUGUUUUGUCUUAUGAGGUUUAUUAAAAUUAAAACCCGAACAAGAAUAUGUUUCCUUUUGUACUUGUGUCACUGUUUUCAUUUUCUAAAAGCAGCUCUUCUGAUUCUGGUGCUCCUGUCAUGUGCAAUUUUUGUGUUGUAUUUCCUUGCCCUUAUUUAUGCAAAUCUGGAGAUAUAAGUUUGUAUGCUUUGAGAGUGUCAGGGUUAUUAAUGUAUUUCUUUAUCAAUAAGAAUUGUUGUUAA